AUGGGUAAAUGUGGUGGGAGAAACGGUAACGGAAACUUCAACGGCGUCGGAUUCAAUGGUAGCGGAGGCGGCGGAGUUAGGCCGUACGUACGUUCUCCGGUUCCUCGGCUCAGAUGGACGCCGGAUCUUCACCGUUGCUUCGUUAACGCCGUCGAUAUGCUUGGUGGCCAACACAGAGCCACUCCAAAGCUUGUUCUUAAGAUGAUGGAUGUGAAAGGACUCACCAUUUCACAUGUCAAGAGCCAUCUCCAGAUGUACAGAGGCUCUAAACUCAAUUUGGGGAAACCAGAGGAAAAAAGCUCUUCAUCUUCAAUACUAAGAAGAAGACAAGACACUGAAGAAGAUUAUCUUCAUGACAACUUGUCUUUACACACAAGGAAUGAUUGUCUUUUGGGUUUUCACUCUUUUCCUCUAUCUUCACAUUCUUCUCUUAGAGGAGGACGAAGAAAGGAGCAGACUUCAGAGUCCGGUUAUGAUGAUGAUGACUUUCUUCACAUCAUGAACAUGGAGAAGACGAAAGAAACGACGACGUUUCAAUCACAUCAAUUCCUCAAGAAAACAGAGAAGGAGAACAACUGGGAAAAUACUUGGCACGAAGCAGAAGAACACGAAGCAGCAGAAGAAGAAGAUUUGUCGUUGUCUCUGUCAUUGAACCAUCAUCACUGGAGAAGCAAUGCAUCAUCAGUGAGCGAAACGAGCGAAGCAGUCUCCACUUGUUCUGCACCAUUCGUCUCCUCAAAGGCUGAUCUUAAUCUUAAUCUUUCGAUUUCUCUCGUCGGUAGCUAA